AUGCUUUUACACGAGGGUCGUCUUGCUGGUUUGGGUUUGACGCCUCUGGAUGAUGAGACCCAGGCAGAUGCGCAGAGGAUAGACCUUGGCAUGCUUCUAACUCUCACUCCAGAAAACUACGCUCCGCUGGCCUUGGCUUCACUUCCUCAACCGCUGCCUAAUACACAAGAUUUAACACUAAGCUUGUACGGGGUAGGUUUUAGCUUUCAGAAUUACGGCCACGGGUCUCCUCUGUUCAAGAUGCACCGGGAGUUGGCGCGACUGGGAAGCACCAGCAGCGAGGAUUCCGUCUCCGAGUCGGAGACCGACCACAGCAGUAGCAACAACAGCAGUAACAGCGGCAGCACUAGUAGUAGUAAUACAGUAGAGACUACCCAAACUACUGGCUAG